AUGUCACUGGGGUUUCACACAGAGAUGGUGAGCGAAGGCYACAGCGCGGUGUUGCGCGCCAUUAAAGAUCUGCACAAGUCGGACCGCUAUGCCGACCUCACCCUGACACUGGAAGAUCGUGUCUGGAAAGUCCACAAGGUAGUCGUCUGCCCGCAGUCGAGCUUCUUCCGCGAAGCCUGUGAUGGCCCGUGGAUCGAGUCCCAGGCCAGCAAGAUUGAGCUCCACGAUGACGAACCCAUGGCUAUCGAUGCUCUGGUGGAGUACUUCUACACAUCCGACUACACCAUGAAGAAAUUCAGUCCAACCACAACGGAUGGACUCAAUGGCGAACCAAUCUUGAGCACCCUCAACGCAGUCGUUUUCAAAAUCGCGGACAAGUACGAUGUGCCGACACUAGCUCUAUUGGCGCAACUCAGAUUUCGUAUGACUUCCAACGGCGACCAGUCUACUGCUGGGUUUGCCGCUCUGAUCCGCGAGAUAUAUGAGAACGGCCCGGAUAGUGCUUUGGGAAGAGAUAUGCGCGUCGCGCUCAUCGAUCUUCUCGUUACGCACGAAGCGCGGUACAUGACCGAGCCCAAAUUCACGGAAUUCCGUACCGUUCUCAGGGACGUCGUUACUUUUGGCAUAGAUUUUGGCAAAGCCUCGAUUGAUGAAAGGCUUCGGAGGCACGCGGCCCAAUUGGCGCAGAUGAAUGAGAACGAUGCUAUCGUCACCCAGAAGGCGAGGCAGAUGGAGGACCUUGCGAGAGGCAAGGAAUGCAUGGAGCACCGUGCAAACUUGACCAGAUUGAACAGAACCUUCGAGGAACACAGAAAUAACGAAGUGAAGCAACACGGCGCCAGAUUGGCAGAGAUGACCCGGCACCAACUCGAAGGUCUCGAUUUGCAGAGAGCAGUUGUGCAUCACAAGGCCAGACUGACAGAGAUGACCACGAACCAGCGCAAGGAGAUGAAGCUUGCGCAGUCCCAGCUCGGUCGGGACAUGUUGGGAGAAGGCGAGCAGCGUUUCCGUUGUCGCGCUGAGGAUUGCAGCAACAGCUUUGUGGCGCUGGGUGGUACGGACGGGUUGAAGUGCCCGUACUGCAGCACCCCGGUUUGA